GCUGUCCCGGGGCCGCCGACACCCGCUCCCGCCCUUCCCAGGCCGAGGCGCCUCUUUUCCCGUCUCGGCGCCCCCCCCACCGCUCCGCCCCCGAGUCGCCCCCGCCCGCCCCUUCCUUCCACUGACGCAGUCCGUGCCGCACCAGCUCUAACAUGGCGGCGAGGCGCUGAGAGCGCGGGGCGACGCGGGCCGCCAGCGGGCAUUUAUAUUUUUGAAGCCAUGGGAGUAAAGGUGCAGAGACCUCGUUGCUUUUUUGACAUAGCCAUCAACAAUGUACCUGCUGGAAGAGUGGUCUUUGAACUAUUCUCAGAUGUGUGUCCAAAGACAUGUGAGAAUUUUCGCUGCCUUUGCACCGGUGAAAAGGGUACAGGAAAAUCCACGCAAAAGCCAUUGCAUUACAAAAGUUGUCUGUUUCACAGGGUUGUGAAAGAUUUUAUGAUCCAAGGAGGUGACUUCAGUGAAGGAAAUGGCAGGGGAGGAGAAUCCAUUUAUGGUGGCUUUUUUGAAGAUGAAAGCUUUGCUGUAAAGCACAACAAAGAAUUUCUCCUUUCAAUGGCCAACCGAGGGAAAGAUACAAAUGGUUCACAGUUCUUCAUAACAACUAAACCUACACCUCACUUAGAUGGACAUCAUGUUGUUUUUGGACAAGUCAUCUCAGGUCAGGAAGUUGUGAGAGAAAUAGAAAAUCAGAAAACGGAUGCAUCCAGUAAACCAUAUGCCGAAGUACGCAUACUGAGUUGUGGAGAGUUGAUUCCAAAAUCCAAAGCCAAGAAAGAAGAAAAGAAAAGACACAAGUCGUCUUCCUCAUCCAGUGACUCGGAAAGUUCAAGUGAUUCCGAAUCAUCUUCUGAUUCAUCAUCGGAUUCUGAGAGUGCUUCAGAAGAGAAAUCUAAAAAACGAAAAAAGAAACACAAGAAAAAUUCCAAGAAACAUAAGAAAGAAAAGAAAAAGAGAAAGAAAAGCAAGAAAAGCUCAUCUAGUGAAAGUGAAGAUGAAAACCCUGAAGCACAGCCAUUGUCUACUGUCCGUCCUGAAGAAAUUCCUCCUGUACCUGAAAAUCGGUUCCUCAUGAGGAAAAGUCCUCCUAAAGCAGAUGAGAAAGAAAAAGAGAGGAAAAGCAGAGAGAAGGAAAGAGAAAGUAAUCUAUCGAAUUCACAGUCAACGUAUCAGAGGAGGCUUUUGGUGACCAGGUCUGGCAGGAAAAUAAAAGGGAGAGGGCCAAGGCGUUAUCGGACACCUUCGAGAUCCAGGUCAAGAGAUCGAUUCAGACGCAGUGAAACUCCUCCACAUUGGAGGCAAGAAAUGCAAAGAGCUCAAAGAAUGCGAGUGUCUAGCGGAGAAAGAUGGAUAAAAGGGGACAAGAGUGAAGUAAAUGAAAACAAGAAAGAUAAUCAAAAAAGCCCUGGAAGAGGAAGAGAGAGAAAAAUAUCAGACCACAGACAAGCUUCUGAAAGUCCAAGCAGAAGAGGGGAAAAAGAAAAGAAAAAAGAUCACAAAUCCAGCAGUAAAGACAGGGAGACAAGAAGGAACUCGGAAAAAGAUGACAAGCAUAACAAAAGCAAGGCCAAGAAAAGAGCUAAAUCUAGAAGCCAUAGUAAAAGCCGAGAGAAAUCAAAAAGUAAAGAAAGAGACUCUAAGCACAGUAGACAUGAUGAAAAGAGAGUAAGGUCAAGAAGCAAAGAGAGAGACCAUGAGAAAGGUAGAGAAAGAGAUAAGCGCUAUGAUUCCAGAGGGAGAGAUAAAGAAAGAAGUAGGAGCAAGGAGAGAAGUAAAAGGGCAGGGUCAAGGAGUAAUGAACAAGACCAUAGAAAGAGUAAAGACAGGGAGAAACGUAAGUCAAGAAGCAAAGAUCGUGAGCAUGCCAGAGGAAAACAUAGUUCCAGCAGCAGAACAAGGGAUCGAAGCAAAAGCCGAGAUAGGGGUAGGCGAGGACGAUCGAGGAGCAGAGACAGAGAUCGCAGUAGAAGUAAGGACUACUCAAGGAAUAGAGAUAGAGAAACAAGACGAAGAGGAAGAUCAAGAAGUCGAGAAAGGAGAGGUACACCAGAUAAAUACAGAGGAAGAGAAAACAGGAGGAGGAGAGAAUCAAGGAGCUCAGAGAGGGAGGAAAGUCAAAGCAGAAACAGAGAGAGGUAUUCAAAUAGAGAAAGUAGAAGCUCAUAUAAGAGGAAUGAUUCUGAAAGCCAAAGGAAGAGGCGUUCAAAAAGCCGUGAAAGUAGCAGUCCUGAAUCCAGUAAAGAUAAGAAGUCUAGUAGAGACCGGGAUAGAAGUCCAGACUCAAAAAAGAGACCAAGUAGCAAAGAGAGGGAAUCCAAAAAAUCAUAUUCACACAACAGUAAAGAAAAGGAAAAGACCAGAUCCUCAGCAGAAAAAGAAAUAAACCAAAAAUCAAAGAGUCAGGAAAGAGAUCAAGCCCCUAGUAAGGAUAAAAAGUCUGAUCAUGAAACAAGUCCUGGAACAGAUGAUGACAGGCAUGGAUGAGUUUGUGGACUUAAUGUUUCCGUUGUCUCGAAGUUUUAGAGACAUUUUGGGGAACGCCUUUUUUUAAGAUGUGGACUUCAGUUUGGUCUUUUGAUAAUCUAAAACCUGGAUCAUUUGUACUGCUAAAGUUUUAAUAAACUUGAAAUGAAAAACGAAUUAUAUGUGUAACACAGUGUGCUAUGUUUUGGAUAUUUCAUGGGUUUAUGUAUCCUCCUUGUGUGCUAGCCGCUAGAAAGGUAGUUUCUGUGCCACAGUUUUUUUACCUGGUGCACUUAAUUUAGUGCAAACACUGCCUGUGCAGAAGCUUGUUUCAUGUUUAAAGAAGAAAGCUGCAAUACUGUGUGUCAUCUUAGAGCUAGGAGAAUGUUGCAAGGUGUCCAUCACUCCAGUGCUGUUGCUACAUCUGUAUUUCAGUAGGUAUAAACAGUAAGGAAAUCAAUUUAUAGAGGAAAAUUGUUUUUGGUUUUUUGUAAUGACGAAUUAAUUUAAGUAAAGCUUAGCUAUUUCUGCUGCUGUCACUGCCAACAGUAGAAUUUGUUCAUGCUGUCAUCAGUGUUUGGGAGUUUUUUCUUUGUCCAAAAAAAAAAAAUGAAGUGCUUACCAGUGUAAUCUUUUCCCCCGUAAUCUCCUUUUUCUGUUCUGUGCUUUCACGUUUGUCUACUGGAGAAAAUUCAGCUUGGAAGCUUCAGACUGCCCUGCCUCAGUUGCUAAUUAAUGGCUGCACAGAGAUCAUAGAAUAGAAUCAUAGAAUCACUAUGUUGGAAGGGACCCCCUGGGUCACUGAGUCCAACCAUUCCUAACACUCCCUAAACCAUGUCCCUCAGCAGCUCAUCCACCUGUUCCUUAAACACCUCCAGAGAUGGUGACUCCACCCCCUCCCUGGGCAGCCUCUGCCAGUGCCCAGUGACCCUUUCUGUGAAGAAUUUUUUUCUGAUAUCCAGCCUGAACCUCCCCUGGCGGAGCUUGAGGCCAUUCCCCCUUGUCCUGUCCCCUGUCACUUGGGAGAAGAGGCCAGCUCCCUCCUCUCCACAACCUCCUUUCAGGUGGUUGUAGAGAGCAAUAAGGUCUCCCCUCAGCCUCCUCUUCUCCAGGCUAAACAACCCCAGCUCUCUCAGCCGCUCCUCGUGAGACUU